GUCACCCAACUUAGACUUGGGCAUGGCUACUUCAAUUCCUAUCUUAGCAGAUUGGAUGAGAAUGUUAGUGACAGAUGCAGUUGUACUAAGAGCAUACCACCACCACAGACACCAGAACACCUGAUCCUAUAC